AUGUGCUGGUGGUACACAGUUCAUUUGAACCGAUUUCCGGUUAAAGUAUUCAAUUCAACUCGCCAGCAACGUAUGCAUUUUGCGGCAGCCUGGCUUUGUGAUGAAUUGGUUCAACUUUGGCGCCUAGCUUGUCUUAACCCUGAACUCCGAGUCACACAUCGUACAACCUCUCCUCCCAGUACGACUCAUGCCUGUCGUCCGCCUUCUAACGCUUCAGGAUCACCUAACACUGGCCUAUGGUUGAGACGUCAAUUAGCUCGUAGGCUCCGUGCUUUUCAUCGUUUUGCUGUGGAACAGGCCAGGCGUCGCUUAAUGCAUUUAGUUACUCGCCGAGCUCUUGUGGGCAGUGGGGCUGCAAACAACUCUCCCCAGCAAUCGGCUUCUACUUCUACCACAUCAGCAACCGGAACCGCCACAUCUGCUAAUUUGCCGUGUACCCCAAACAAACAGACUGGAGGUGUAGCAGCAAAUUUGAGUGAUCUGAUAGACAGUCUAUUUAGUACCUCUAAUAAGUUAGAGUUUCGAGGUUUCAAGCCUGCGCUCGUAGCCUGCAAGUGCGUAUUGUUUUACUCCUAA